UUCGGGUUUCCCAUUGAGUUCGUCUAGUUGUUUAAAUUUGAAGCAUUUACUAAUCCUAGAAAAAUUCACUCUCCUCCUCACCUCUCUUUUAUGAUCAUUGAUUGUGCACGCUUAAAACAGGACUCUUCUAUAAAUAUGAAUAAUAAGAACAUGGGUGUCAGAAUUUAAAUAAUAAAAAUAAUAUCAAUUUUAUGAAGUAGAGAAAUAAAUAAGUUGUUCAAGUGGUUGUUUGAUUUUAUUUGAGCUGCUACAAUAUCCAAGAUUCGAGAUGAAUUUGAAUUUUAUGCUGACGGAAAUUUCACUUCAACUUUUGGACAAUACGUUUUUCGACAUGUACGGCCAAUCAACCGACAACAUGAAGGAUCUGUUUACUCCGCAAAGUUCUACCGUGCAACUAAAUAAUGGCCAGAAGCGCCAGAAAAAAAGCUCUGAUCUCCUCUCCUGCAUUGGAAUAGCUAACUUUGAAGACCUGCAGAAGGAUUGCGGUCGCUAUGUAGAUAGCCAGUAUCGAGGAUUUGUCGAUAAUUUGCAGGCCCGAAUCGAAACGAUGCCUUUGUCGGACGAAGAAUCGGACUCCCAUGGUAAUUUGAAAAUGAAGAAGACCCAAGCGCAAAUGCACACUGAACUGUGCGAGGUACGGAUAAGAACGCAGCGGGAAUACGCGAAAAUGGUCGCGCACUCGAAGAAAAUGAUGGAUAUCUAUCUGGACACAUUGCCCCAAAAUGCCAAACGAGGUUUCGAGUCUACAAAGUACGUCGAGGAAGAGCGAAGUGUCUUGCUAAACGAGUACAAUAGUUUGCUGUACUUUCUCAAAUACAUUUUAAGCGAUGUUGAGGAUCGGGAACAGUGCGAACAAAUGUUGGAAAUCAUCGAAGGUACAAAAGAAUCAUUUAUAUAUGACAGCUCACCACAGAGUACCAAAAGGCAGAGAGGGGUAUCAGAAUAGUAGAAACGCAGCUGCGAGCCAUUCCUGCUAAUCAAUCCAGCAGUAUCACGACCCUGUACAAUAUAAAUCGAAUUAGCUAUUUGAAUCCAGUGGUGAUUCAACCUUUUACGAGUUGUUUGUAGCGCAGAAGGAAGAACAAAUCAAUCAAUCAACCCACUUACAGAGCGCGCAUGAUUUUACAUACGCCCCGAAGACGGAGGUGAAAUGCAAUAAAAUCUAAGAAAGGAUGCCAACAUGCAAUCAUUUCUCGUUUGUCCAACAUUCUCGAUAAUUGACAGCAGCAAGCUGUGUGCCUAACAUACUUUUCGGAUGGGAAUAACUGUUUGAAAUUUAUAGAUUUUACAACGCAAAAACAUCACAAGAGGGCUGAAAACGAUGGAAACUAAUCGAUUGAAUUUAUAAUAGUCGUAAGAUUGGUCAUAAAAUUUAUUAGUUUGUAAUGGAGGAUAGUCGCACUACAGCCGUAAUCAAAUGAUAUUGCCUUUAUGUCAACUAGCAUUGUAUGUGCCGUGUCAAAUAAAUGUGUGAACAAAAAAUAACUACCAUUGUGUUUUGUGAU